UCUCCCGAAAGAGUUAAGAAAAUGCAACGAGGAAAUGGCUAAAAAUGGCUAGACCUUCGUCUGCUAGUUCAAGUCCAGUCGUUCCAAAACUAAAAGAGUACAUUUUCACAGACAAACUUGGAAGUGGGACAUAUGCUACAGUAUAUAAAGCUUAUAAAAAAACAGGGAAAAGAGAUGUUGUUGCCAUAAAGUGUGUCCUCAAAACAAGUCUCAACAAACCAGCGACUGAAAAUCUGCUCACUGAAAUAGAAUUACUAAAGAAACUCAAGCAUGACAAUAUUGUGGAACUUAAAGACUUUCUGUGGGACGAGAAAUAUAUCUAUCUUAUUAUGGAAUACUGCAGUGGAGGUGAUCUAUCGCACUUUAUACGGUCCCGGCGAACCCUUCCUGAACGGAUAGUGAAGAGAUUUUUACAACAGAUUGCUCAGGCCAUGAUGUAUCUCUGGUCUUUCAAAGUUGCCCACAUGGAUCUAAAACCACAGAACAUUCUGCUUACCUCAUCAACCAAUCCAACAAUUAAAAUAGCAGAUUUUGGAUUUGCUAAACAUUUGUUUGAAGGCGAUGACCUUCACAUCAUGAGAGGAUCUCCUCUCUACAUGGCCCCAGAAAUUAUCUGUCAAACAGCGUAUGAUGCAAGGGUUGACUUGUGGUCCAUUGGUGUAAUUUUAUAUGAAUGCUUAUUUGGUAAAGCACCAUUUGCUUCUGAAAGUUUCAAAGAACUGUCGGUGAAGCUUCGUGACUCCAGACCGGUUCAGCUUCCUUAUGGAGUAGAAAUAAGUGACGAGGCCAGAGACUUGAUACUUCGCUUGCUGAAGAGAAAUCCUGACGAGAGGAUUUCAUUUGAUGAGUUCUUCCUACAUCCCUUCGUUGAUCUGGAUCACGUUCCGUCCAAAGACAGCCUGCCUAAAGCGAUAAAAAUCGUCACCGAGGCGGUUGAGAAAGAUGAAAAAGGAGACUUUAAGAAGGCUGUCAAGCUGUACUGUAGCGCUCUUGAGUAUUUCAUGUCUGCCAUACAAUAUGAAACUAAUCCAAGGAAGAAAGACGCUUUAAGGAGGAAGGUGCAGGAGUACAUGGAUCGAGCUGAAUUUCUCAGGACGCAGAUGAAACCGUGUAAACCAUCAGAUUCGGUCAGCAGGUCCCUGUCCAUGAACUCAUAUGAAGAGCUAGUGGAUUUAUGCCAGGACCGAGAUGAACUUUUAGCAGCACUGAAGUUGAUAAAGGCUGCAGAAAUUGAGGCAGAGAAGGAAGAAUAUAGCCAAGCAUUGAAACAUUAUGAGCUGGCUCUUGGAGUUUUUAUAAAAACAUUACCAGAGGAGCCGAAAGGAAGAAGAAAAGAUUUGCUGAAUAUGGAGGUGACCAAGUGGAUGGCAAAAGCGGAGAAUAUUAAAUCGUACUUGUCUGUGCGGGUGAUCAACACAGAGGACACUUCGCAGAGUGUAGAUGAUGGAGAAAACCUCGGAUCCUGUUCCAUUCAGUGAAGAAAAAUAAGAACCUGGGGAAGAACUAGACCAUAUUUGUGUUGAAAUGUUCAGCAAAUAAUACUUUCUGUUGAAUAUGGACUUAAAAGACUGCUGAGCAUGUUAUCUUUUAUACAUAUAUACUUUAGACAACACCAGUUAUUUUUAUACAUUGGUAUGUGUCAUUACGUUGCGCUGGUUUUAUAGCUAUUUAAAUGGUUCCUUUAAUCUUUAAGUUAUUGUCAUUGAUUAAUUUAUUACGAUAUACAUGUACAUGAUGUAUUGGAAUUUACCAUUUAUUUUGAAAAUGUGCAUGAUUAUAUUCAUGUCUGCAUGAAAGUAGUUCAGAAAGUGUGUAUAUGGAAAGCAGUUAUUAUACACCUGGAAAUUAAUAUAGCACCACCUGAAUUGUAUUGAAGCCAAAAAGGGGCCUAAAAGUAGUUGUCUGUGCCAACAUGGUUUAAAACUGAUCAAUGUCGGAUCUAAGGCCCCCCCCCCCCCCCCCUCCCAAGUCCCACCUAAAUUUUGCGACAUUUAUUUUAUUUUUAUUGUUUUUCCAUUUUUUAUAUUGGAGAAUCUGAGGAAACUCUUUGGGAACAUUUGUCAUUACCCACCCCCCACUCCCACCCCACCAAGUGCUGAUAUUGAGAACUUUUACAUAUUCUGUAUCUUCUGGGUAUUUACCUAAUUGACAUGAAUAUAUUAAUUAUGAGAAGCUCAUCAGUGUGAUUUCAACUCCAUAGUUAAUUGCCAUACGUUUCUGUCUUUUUCUCUAUAAUACAAUAAAUACUGAUGUAACGACAGUAUUACUUGCUAUCAGCCCUUUUUAAUAUCGUCUUUAUUCACAGAACAUUAAUUUCAGUGUAAGUAUUCACAAAAUGGUCACAAUUACAUGUGUAUAAGUAUAAAUAGAGUUUAUAUUUGGCGAAUUUGAUCCGAAAAUCUGUAGCCAGAUCCAGGUAAUAUUUAGUUACUGGUAUACAGAGUUAUUUUUUUAAAUAGCUAUACACAUACAAACGACACAGUUUUCAAAUUAGCUUUUUGGCGAAUUGGUAAUGGGAAUGGGAACUAUUUUAGAAUGCCCACAUCCUUACAGUUCAGGCACGCCUGCCUUGGAUCCCGUUUCUGAACUUGCCAGUAGCUGGUUCCGAAGCAGGGAGCAAAUUGGUAAUGAGAUAUUUUAAAUAACAUUUGGCGAUUUGGUAGAUGACAGCUUAAACCCUGGUAAGUCAUAUGGUCAAAAGUAAUUAAUUACCAGGUGUUCAGUUUAUAUUAUUUCAGUUAUAUAAUCAGAAAAACUGUCCUUCAUUUCUUUUCUUAUUGUGACUGAGUUUUACUGCCAUUGUAAGAUGUUUUUGACUAACAGAGCAUCUUUAUCAAUCAAAAUUACAUAAUAAAUACAUUUUCUUGUUUAGAAUAUCAGUGUCUGUAUUUCCAUGUGUGUCUGGCCAUGCUAUUGUUUUUAGUAGCUAAACAUUCAUUUUACUUCCUAGUUUAUCUUUUUGCGUAUGUGCGAAAUUAUUGAGAGGUAAAAUCUAGUUUUGGCUUCUAGAAGUAUCCAGGCAAUCAGAAGCACUGUUGUUCCCAUCCCUAGCUAUGCAAGGCAGACCCAAAUCAUGACGUCAGCUCAUACAGAAUAAAUCUGUCUUGCAUAGGCUAUGAGGUUUAACAUGGGGAGUAUUACUUCGUUGGUAAUAUAUUUUGUCAUAUUAAUGAGAGUUGGUUAGUUUCAGAUCGAUAUUUUGUUAUUAAAACCUGCGUUAUAAAAAGUUAUCUUGUUAAUUUGUAGUGUUAACUUAUAUUUAACAUAUGAAAUAGACGUGGCAAAUAUAUAGAGGAUAAUAAACGAGUUACCAGUUAUUGUCAAAUUUAUGUCCCGAGUGAAAUAAUUUU